GGAGGGGUAUGACGUGUAUCCGGUGAGUAGCUGGCGGUCCCGGGUGGUGCUGGUCUGUGUGUUCUGAGGGAGGGUCCCAGCCGCUUGCCGCCUUCGGAGGAGCCCCUCGGGCUGUAGUAAGCGUUAAUAAUGUCUUUCAUCUUUGAGUGGAUCUACAAUGGCUUCAGCAGUGUGCUCCAGUUCCUAGGACUCUACAAGAAAUCUGGAAAACUUGUAUUCUUGGGUUUGGACAAUGCAGGCAAAACCACUCUUCUUCACAUGCUCAAAGAUGACAGAUUGGGCCAACAUGUUCCAACACUACAUCCAACAUCAGAAGAGCUGACAAUUGCUGGAAUGACUUUUACAACUUUUGAUCUUGGUGGGCAUGAGCAAGCUCGUCGGGUUUGGAAAAAUUAUCUUCCAGCAAUUAAUGGGAUUGUCUUUCUGGUGGACUGUGCAGAUCAUUCUCGCCUCAUGGAAUCCAAAAUUGAGCUUAAUGCUUUAAUGACUGAUGAAACAAUAUCCAAUGUGCCAAUCCUUAUCUUGGGAAACAAAAUUGACAGAACAGAUGCAAUCAGUGAAGAAAAACUUCGCGAGAUAUUUGGGCUUUAUGGACAGACCACAGGAAAGGGAAAUGUGACUCUGAAGGAACUGAAUGCCCGCCCCAUGGAAGUGUUUAUGUGCAGUGUGCUCAAGAGGCAAGGCUACGGCGAGGGUUUCCGCUGGCUCUCCCAGUAUAUUGACUGAUGUUUGGACAGUGAAAAUAAAAGAGUUUUACUCCUCUGGACUGAUCCUAUUCACAGCUUCCUCAUGAACUUUUCUAAUAGAACAAGGAAAGCUCUCCAACCAUGUCUGGCGUUGAGAAGCCAAGAGUCUUUGUCAACUCUUAUGCCCAGUGGUGACAUGUGCUCUUCUCCAUACUGUUGUGAGGUAACGCUGCCCCAUGUGCUGGUGCAGGUCAGUAUCCCCGGACUUGGAAGCUGGCAGGAUUUGCCGGGUAAGGCUGUGUGCCAUCACAGGACACCUGAGAAGAAAAACACGUCUCACCACUGUGGUUGAUUUCAAAAGAAAGUGAUUCUAUUUUUUAAAGAAAGUGUUGUUAAUGUAAUUGGUAUCCCUCUUGACUUUUUGAGUUCACAAUUUCCUUGGUCCAGAGUUUUCUAUUCUUUUUUUUUUUAAUUAGUGAAUGACAUUUAGAUACUUCAUAAAAUUAUGAACAGUUACACAUUGGAGGCCAGAGUUCAGGAGAGUGAACUUACUCCUGCUGAGGUGGCAGGUUGGUGAGAGAAGCUCCCCUAAGCUCCCUUGUCUCUGUAGCUGCCUUGUAGGAGGUGGCAUCAGCUUGUCCAUGGAGAAUUAAAAAAAGGUCAGAAACUUGGCCUUAUGGUUGUGGCAGGUUUCCACUGUGGUCAGCUGGAGUCAUUCCUCAUCACAGAGUGGGUAACAGAUUGUUCACUGUGGAGGAGUUAAUUAUAGAGUGGGUUAUUAUUAUAUUAUUUUUACUUAUAAAGUUACGAAUUUCAGCCAAUCUUUGCUUUAAUACUAUUGUGAAAUUUCAUUGCUCUCUGUAGUAUCUUUUCUUAUUUUCAGUUAAAAAAAACUGAAUUUCGCUUCAAGAAAGAGUCGAAACAUCUCUCAUAUAGUCACAUACUGCAGGGGUGUCUGAGUUACUUUUGCAGAGAUUCUAAGGGGGGAAUUAUUCUGAAUAGAAGGACACAGGACAAAAUUAACAGCUUAAGGGCUCUUAAUUCUGUGAGUUGAGGACUUAGACAUCUGGUAUUACAGCACUUGUGUGAAUCUAGGAAAGAUUUCUCAGUGGGCUUUAAAAUUUUUAAAAAACAGUUGCAGAAUUUGAUUUCUCUUGUUCAUGAAUUCUCUUUCUUACAUCUUCUCAUCAGUUACCUAUUUUGUUGGUGUUUAAAGUAAAGGUUAUUAUCUGCAGCUUUUCCAGUCUUUUUGGUAUGAAAUUGCUUUUUGUUGUUCCAAAAAUAAGCUGGGGAAAAACACCAACCCAGGAACAUCCUACAGAGCUCUUCCUGUGGCUGACAUCAGUAUGAAAGCAUCAGCAUCCCCAUGAGGGCAAUGGGCAUUGUUUUUAUAGCAUUCCAUUUUCAUAGUGCCACGUGUAAAAUUGGAUUUUCAUGAUCUUAACCUAUAUUCUAGUGUGGUGAAAGAUGAUAGGAAAUCAUCUUAAGGUGGGAGGUAUCUAUAUUCAUUUCUUUAAUAAAAGAUUGAAGAUAGUUUCUUCAAAAUUGAAAAUUGUGAUGAUGAUACUUUUUUGCAAAAGAUUGAACUCAGUUCACUAGAUUCUGACUUUAAUGGGAGGGUAGGGAGACUAUGGAUAAUACACUCCUGGGGUGGGACAGGAUCAUUCUUUAGUUGCUUUCUCAUUCUUGGGUCUUCAGUACCUUAUUGUUGGGAAAGCAUUCUUUUCCACUGCCAGGUCCCAAAUGCAGAGGCUCCAUAAAGUAUGUCUGGGAGGUUCAUACGUUGUGUUUAUAGCAAGCAUAGCUGGAUUAAGACAAAAUUGUUGGUUUGGAAAGGGGUCAAAGCCUUAAGUGAACAAAUCUAGCUAACAGCAAAUGAACUAGUUAUAGAUAGAUAACUUGCAUACUUUUUAUUUCCUUUGGCUUAAAGGUUGUCCAUAAUUUUCUAUCAAAGACAUGAGGCUUCAGUGUUAGUUUUCUUUUCUGUUUCUCCAUUCUCACCUCGUUUGUCCCUAAUCAGUUUGUAGUAAGCUAGAAAACUGUGGUCUCUACAUAAGACAGUUCUUUGUGAAAGUGGUUUAUUUUGGCCACUGGAGGAAGAGGGCGUUGAAAAGUCAAGCAGCACCCAUUGAUUUCUUGCCCCACAGAACACUGUUCUUAUCAUACAAUAGCUGAGAAAGCUACUGGAGGAGCUCAGCUCCAGACAGAUGAGCAGAGCCUUGUACAGGAACUCCCACAAGCUGAGACCUUUCAUUCUGUUUUAUCAGAGUGCAUAUAUGUCCUACUUCAGGAAAAGUAAAACAUUCAUUUACAAAAGAAAGUCAAUCUGUAUCCUAAGCAUUUUAAUAAAAAGUUAAAACAA